CAAUGAAUCUUCAAAUUCAAUGUGGAUGCUUCCAUGAGAUAACUGAAUCAUUGUGUAUUAUGAAAUAAUAUAAAUGCGAGAACAAAAACAACUUUUAUAAUUCUUACUUAGAUUUAAGAAUGGAUGAGUGCGCAGAGCAGCUUGAUUUUAUUCCUCAGAAGGAGUCAAUUUAUGAUAAAUAUCUACCGUAUGCCGAUAAAUUAAAUGAAGAAUCUCAAAAAUAUCUUGCCGAAAUCAAAACAAACUUGGGAAAGUCUAUACUCUGUCAAGAAUUACGAGAUAUCUCAUCAUGGGCAAAUCACUUUGCGAAAUAUAUUCGUUUAUAUGGAAGAAAAUUUUCAAAAGAAGAUCAUAUACAUUUCAUAAAAGUAUUUUUUGAACUCAUGAUAGUUCCAGAUAUUGAUCUUUAUUUUGUUAAGAAGUGCUCAAUGAUUCUAAAUUCUCUAAUAAAGAAAGUGGAACUUCUGUCACGAGAUGAUCUUAUUUUACCAUGGCGUCCAUUGUAUGAAUUAUAUGAUAAGCUUUUCUAUUCAAAUUUUGAAUCUUAUGGCAUGGUCUUGAUUCCUUGCAAUUUAGAAAACAACCUGAAAGCCCUCAUUACAAAUUGUAGUCCAUAUUUUUCUUUGGAGUCUACUGAAGAAAUAUUAGAAGAAUUCAGACCUUAUUUGUGCCCAUUUGAUACUGAGAUGACUAAAGCUAUGAACUAUUUUGAUCUUUUCUUGUGUACUAAAUUACCCCCUUCUGAGCAUCACAGAGGUUUCAAGUUGUGGUUUAAUGAGUUUAUUGAAAUGUGGCAAAAUUGGCACAAUAUAGGAACUUGGGAGAAUAACCUUUUAUCUUUGUUCUCUCGCCUAGCAAAAGAUAAUAUUGGUUAUAUUGAUUGGGAACCUUAUAUGCCAAUGAUUUUCACAGGACUUCUACGUAGUUUUAAUCUUCCAGGUAGGACAUCAAUGGUUCAAGUAGUUAGAGUAGUUUCAACUUUUGACACUAGUGUUAUUGCAACAUUGUUAGCUUCAAUGCUGGGUAGAAAUAGCAGUUGUCAGCUUCACAUUAGCAGACUUUUUAAAGCUUUAGAAUCUUUUUAUCAUCCAUCAAAUCAUGGGAGGUGGUUAGGAAAGAUGCAAAGACUUCUGCAGAAGCUACCACUUGCUGUGAUAAAACGUUUGCACAGGGAAAGAUACCGUAAACCAUCAUGGCUAACUCCUGUUCCAGAAGAAUAUAAGUUAACAAAUCAAGAAGUAACAGAUUUUGUGAAUAGUAUAGUCCCUGUUGCAUUGCUUUCUAUGUUCAGCAAGAGGGGUUGUAGAGACUCGGCUACUGCAUUGCAAAAUCUUGGUACUCUUCGGCCAGAAUUGGUUAUACCACCUAUAUUAGAAAGAUUGUAUUCAUCUCUUGAGACAUUAACAGAGCCCCAUCGCUUAACUGCUGCCAUGCAUUGUAUGGUUCCUGUAUGUCGGCCUCUUGUUCUGAAGAAUAAAUAUUUUCCUGAAGGACCUACCCAUGUUAUACCACUAUUAAUGGCUGCCUUGCCAGGAAUCGAUUCUAACGAUAUUAAGAAAUGCAUGGUGACUUUUCAGUUUAUGUCCACCCUCUCAGCCUUAGUCUUAUUUCACGAUUCCUCUAGUGCAGCAAAUAAUGGAGAAUUACCAGAGAAUGUACGAGAAAUGUGUCUAGCUACUGCUGCAUUUGAAGAUUUUGUUCUUCAGUUACUAGAUAGGAUUUUUGCUUUAAUUGAAAAUAGUUGCUUGGAUAACCCAAGUCGUUUAGAUCGUGACUCUGAACGCACAAAUCCUGAAGAACAUUAUCUAGAAGUUGGCCUGAAUAGCACGUUUGGGAUAGUUAUUAUGCAAAGUUCUCCUGCCAUUCAUGAAAUAGUUGUUAAAAGACUGCAAACAUUUGUAACCAGCCACAUUUUUGAAAUUAAUCUCUCUGGUAAAUAUGCAGCAAAUAUGUGCCGAGUUCUUUGCAGAGUUACUCCACAGUUAGGUUUACCAGCAUUUUUGCCUCAUUUUUCCAAAUUAGUUUUAGCAUUGACUGAGCAUGAAGAAAUUUUCAAUGAAGAAAGACUUGAUGAUGAACUCCUCUUUAGUUUAUUGAUAUUAUCUGAGAUUAUACGAUGUGAUGGUAAACAACUUUUGAAAUAUCAGAACUACAUUAUUGAAGUACUCCAAAAAGCUCUGAAUUUAAGAUGUAAAGAGGGAUAUAACUUAGGAUGCUCAUUAUUGAAGCACUGUUUGAAAUCUUUAGUUCUGAUGUAUCCAUAUGAUACAUGUAGUGUACCUGAUCCAUGGACUCGUCAUAGUUCAGAAGAGUUUCAUCUAUAUAUUGAAGAUUGGGGCAAAGCAGGCGAACUUGAUAAUUUAAAUGUCCAGUAUCAUUUGCCCAGUGACGAGGAGAUAGCUGUUGCUCAAAAGCUUUUAGAAAUGUUUGUGGUGCCAGAAAUUGAAAAAUUAAGAAGUUGGUCUUGCAAAGAAAUUUCACUUCCAAGAGACAGAGUGCAUCGUUCAUUGAGCAUUAUAUUCAGCGGCAUUUAUGGAGCUAGUACUGCUUUACCUUUGUGGGAAGAGGAACAAAUUCAGUUAAGAGAUUCAGCCCUCCCUCCAUAUCGCCCACCAAUUUUGGAAUGUGGAACUAAAUUUAUUUCUUUUGAUGGAAAAAAUGUGCGGAAGUUUAUAGCUGAAGCAUUGAGAGAAAUUUUAGCGCACAUAACUGAAUUUUGUGAAGAUGAUACCAAAUCCCUUUUUUCCAUUAUUAAGCUAUAUCAAUGUCUGUUAUUCAACUGGGGAAUCGAGAAAGAGGAAUUUGAUGCUAGAUGGAAAUCAUUCUCUAUGAUCAAAAGUAUCAUGGAAAACAAGCUCUAUGGUCAAAAGAAGCAUAUUCGGUCUCUCUUAAUUGAUCGUAUUCUGUUGCAACAUGAGCUUAGAAUGAGUGAAAGAUAUAAAUUGUAUUUCACUAAUAUGCAUCAGCUGCUAAUGAAAGAUCUUUUAAAUUUAUCUACAAGUCAUUAUAGUGAGGUUCGAAAGCGUGCUCAAAGUGUCCUUCAGAAUUGUUUAUUGCAUAAUGGUUCUGCUUACAAAACUAUCUUGCCAGACAUUUUAGAAAACUUGCGUAAGGAUCCUAUGACAUGUCAUGAGGAAUUUAAGGGAAUCUUGUAUGUGAUUUUAGGACACAAGCAUAACAAUUUAUUGAAAAUGUAUGACUGGGAAUCAAUCAGUCAGUUGUUACCUGCCAUUGUUUCAUCCCAACAUUCAGAAAAACAAUCUAUCAUCAAACUGCUGGAUGCAAUUUCUAUCUUCUUACAAAAGCAUCUGCCAUAUUAUCAAAUAAAAUUAGAAAUCCCCAAGUCUUGUAUAGAUGUUGCAAAAGGUCUUUGGAACCAAAGUUCACCAUUGCCUCUUUCACCUAUUUUCAGUGAUGAAACUGUUCAGAAAUAUUCAGAAGAAUUGAUACAAAAAAGCAAUUUGAGGGAACAAAAAUAUGUUAAGCUGGUUCUGAACUUGAUAGAUGUCAUGAAACAAGGCAGUUUGCAUUGGAGAAAUUACCACCUUGCUUUUACCAUUCUGUCAAUUUUAAUGAGACCAGAUGUUCGAAUACCUGCUGAGGGCGUUGAACUGUUUGUGUCUCAUCUUGUACAUGACACACUAGCUAUACGAAAACUUGCUAUACAAGGUUUGACCUGCAUUCUUAAACAGCAUAAACGAAAACAUCCCAAGGUUCAGAUUGAUCCUACUGUACAAAAUCCUAAAAAUACUGAAUUGCAUCCGUUAAUGCCUAAAGUGAAUGAUAUGCCUGAUAAUUUUUGGCUACAAUACAACAGUGCCAAUCAUCCCAAUACUGAAGGAAAUUGGAAUUCAAGAUAUUUUGUUCACAAAACCCAUUGGGGUUUUUACACAUGGCCAAAAUCUUUUAUGGUCCCUGCCCCAGAUUCGCAACAGCCUAAAUUAGAUAGAACAUUUGAUGAAUUAACAGAAGAAGAAAAGCCAGUUUAUGAAGCAUUUUCACAACAAAAAUUUGUUGAUAGCAUAAUAAAGUACUUUUCAUUAGAAGAAAAAAAGGAUCAUGAUAAAUUUGAUUCAAAGAAAUUUUAUAUGUUCAAGGCUAUAUUUAAUAAUUUUGGUGAUCAAUUUCUCCCACUUUUUAAUGAACAUUUGCGUCGAAUGGUUGAAGAUAAACAAGAGAGUGUCCAACGUUGUGCAGCUGAAAUUAUAGCAGGAAUUUUAUGCGGUUCCAAAUAUUGGGAUUUUCAUAAGAUGCAUAGUUUGAAAGAAUAUUUAACACCUAUUUUGCAAAAAGUUGUAUAUAGUAUAACUCCUGAGACAUUGAAUGACUGGACAACUUGUAUUACUUCUGCAUCAGCGAGUAAAGAUCCUAAUAAAUUCUAUUGGAUAUUUGAAUUUUUCAUGCAAGAACCCCAGAGUGUUGAAUAUGGUUCUUUCUUAGAAGCCAGCUGGAUCUCUUUGCUUCUGGGUCUUAUAGCUCAACAAGAAUGGAGAGCAUCUGAGCUUUUACACAGAGCUUUAGAUUAUAUCCUUCCAAAAUUAGAUCACUCCUAUCAAAAUGUUAGAGAACAACUGGGAAGUUUCCUUGUAUAUAUAUUUAUGUAUGACAUUCCCGUAAAUACUAAAAGCUUGGCAUACACACCAAAGAGAGUGCCUUUCUUAAAAUCCUUAAUGCCCAGAGUUGCUCUUUUGGAAGCUCGCAAAGAUGGAGAUGAAAGAAAUUCUGAUUCGUAUGAAGAAUCUCCUGAGUUUAAGAAGGCUAAAAAUCUUUUUUGUACAAUCUGCCGAUGGAUUUCUCUUUAUGGUUCCAGGACACCCUAUGCGGCACCUCCAGAUGUUAUGGGUCUUCUUCCAGUGCUUUGCCAGAUGUCGCAUGAUACAACCGAUACAGGACUUCAGAAUGAGUGCCAAAUAACAAUUGCAAUUCUUGGACAAGCCAUCUUAAAUGCUGAAAGCAUUGAUGCUGCGAUAAAAACUCUUCAAAGUAUUGCAAGUGGUAAUUCUUGGCAUUCCAAGGUCACAGCUGCAGGUUAUUUGCAAACUAUAGUAUUUUCAAAUCUAUUCACUGUUAUGCGUAAUGAAAAAUGGUCUAAAGAUAUCUACGAUAUGGUACUAAAAUUGCUACAAGAUGAAAACAUUGAGGUUAGAGAAUCUGCAUCUGAAACUCUUUGUGGUUUUCUUCAUUGUGAAUAUUUCAAAAUAACUGAUGAACUUUUGAAAACAUUUAAGGAAAAAGUUCAGAAAAAAUUAAAGAGGUUAUCUGUGGGUAAUGGCCCAAAUAUUUCUCCUGAGGAUCUGAGGGAGCGACAUGCUGGCAUUUUAGGACUUUGUGCAUGUGUACAUGCUUACCCAUACGAUGUUCCAGAAUUUCUUCCUGAUAUUUUAGUACUUCUUGGUGAUCAUUUGCAUGAUCCACAGCCAAUACCGGCUACUAUAAAGAAAACUCUCUCCAGUUUUCGACGAACACAUCAUGAUAACUGGAGAGACCACAAACUUAUGUUCACGGAUGAUCAACUUGCUGUGAUAACUGACUUAUUAGUAUCACCUAGUUAUUAUGCCUGAAAUGUAUUAUUUCAUAUCACUUAAGGACUAUUUUUUUUCAUGUGAUUAUAAAUUUAUUAUAACUUAUGAAAUAUUCUUGUGGUCAGUUUCUUAUAAUUCUAAAUAUAUACUGUCUUAAUAAGUGUGAAGGGUAUUGCUCUUGCUCUUAUUUGUGCCUAUAAUCGCACUUUAUUUUUAUUUUAUUGGUUCUUUUGAAAAAAUUACUUAUAAAAGGGGAAUAGGGAUAACUUCCCUUAUAAAUGUUUUUUUGUUGAAUCAAAAGUACAUUUUUAAAAUUAUUAUUUUUAUUACCAUUUGUUGAUGAUAAAAUUAGUAGAAUCAUUUGCAUUUCUUUUAUCAAGAAGGUAAAAUUUUUUUAAAUAUUGAUAAUUAACAAAUAUUUAUAGAUGCCAUUCGAAUUUUUUUAGGUGUAUAUAUUAUUAACUCCAUAAAUAUUAUGCAAUUUUUCUUUAUUUCCAUCUUUCAAGUAUUACUAAUACUCAAUGGCACUAUAUGCACAGAUAUUUGUAUAAUACCUCUAUGGUGACCUUCAUUAGUUUAUUUUUCUAUUUCGUAUGAUUAAUUUUGCAAAAAUUCUUAUUCAUAAGAUGUUUGGCUUUUAUUUUUAAUGCAAAAUAUAAAGUACAAUAGCCUGACUUUUGAAAAAAAAAAUGGAAAUAGUAUCUUAUAUACUUUUUUUUUUUUCCCUAACUGCUUGGUUUAUGGUUUAAUUAUUCUCUAUAAGAUAUUCUUUUAUUUAUUUAAAAUAUGAACG